CCCGCAAAAAUCGUCGAGCAACGGCAGCCAUCUUUACUGGCUCCGAAACGGGCUGUGGUUUGUGACAGAGAGACGGUAGUGGUUCUUGAUGCGGUUCGCGAGACCAUCUCGUCGCCUAUGCACUCUACAAGGGAUCGGAAAUCAUUCUUAAGUGCGGUUAAUCAGAAGAACUAAGGAACUCGUGUCACGAAUCCGAACUACCAAAAUAUGGCAAUGGAGACGCCGAGGGAGCGUGAGAUUCCCGCGGAGGAUAGUAUUAAGGUAGUUUGUAGGUUUCGACCAUUGAACGACUCGGAGGAAAAGGCUGGCUCCAAGUUCAUCGUCAAAUUUCCUUCUGGCGGCGAAGAAAAUUGCAUUUCUAUCGGGGGAAAAGUAUACCUUUUUGACAAAGUAUUUAAACCAAAUGCUACUCAAGACAAAGUAUACAAUGAAGCAGCUAGAUCAAUUGUCACAGAUGUGUUGGCAGGAUACAACGGCACUAUUUUUGCAUAUGGUCAAACAUCUUCAGGAAAAACACAUACGAUGGAAGGUGUUAUUGGAGAUCCAAAUAAACAGGGUAUUAUACCCAGAAUUGUUAACGACAUUUUCAAUCAUAUUUAUGGCAUGGAAGAAAAUCUGGAAUUUCAUAUUAAAGUAUCAUACUUUGAAAUUUACAUGGAUAAAAUCAGAGAUCUCCUUGAUGUGUCUAAGGUGAAUCUCAGUGUACAUGAAGAUAAAAAUCGAGUUCCAUUUGUAAAAGGUGCAACAGAGCGCUUUGUAUCUAGUCCUGAGGAAGUAUUUGAAGUUAUAGAGGAAGGAAAAUCAAAUAGGCAUAUUGCUGUGACUAAUAUGAAUGAGCACAGUUCGCGUUCUCAUUCUGUGUUUUUAAUAAACGUCAAACAAGAAAAUUUAGAGAACCAAAAGAAGCUUUCUGGAAAAUUAUAUCUUGUUGAUUUAGCUGGUUCAGAGAAGGUUUCUAAAACCGGAGCAGAAGGCACUGUGCUUGAUGAAGCAAAAAAUAUUAAUAAAUCUCUGUCCGCUCUUGGCAAUGUAAUUUCAGCUUUAGCUGAUGGAAAUAAAACUCACAUUCCUUAUCGUGAUUCAAAGUUAACUAGAAUUCUGCAAGAAUCUCUUGGUGGAAAUGCUAGGACUACAAUUAUUAUUUGUUGUUCACCAGCUAGUUUCAAUGAAUCAGAAACAAAAUCCACUUUAGAUUUUGGUAAACGCGCUAAGACUAUCAAAAAUGUUGUAUGUGUUAAUGAGGAGUUGACAGCUGAAGAAUGGAAGCGUCGCUAUGAGAGAGAGAAAGAAAAGGCAGCUAGAUUGAAAGGAAAAGUUGAGAAACUGGAGGCGGAAUUAUCACGUUGGCGACAGGGUGAAACAGUUAAACCAGAAGAACAAGUUAGUCUGGUUGAAGGGCCAGAUGUUACAACACCGAUCAAUAUGUCCAUCGAGGGUAAACUUGAUGAUGGUCCAAUGCCAGCUACUCCUGGUGGCAGUUUGUUAGCUGGUUCCUUGUCCAAUGAAGAAAGACAGAAAUUAGAGGAAGAACGCGAAAGACUUUACCAACAAUUAGAUGAUAAGGACGAGGAAAUUAAUCAACAGUCACAAUAUGUCGAGAACUUAAAAGAACAAAUAGACGAACAAGCAGAAUUAAUUGCUACUGCAAGACGCGAAUACGAGAAGCUCCAACAAGAAAUGAAUCGAAUACAACAAGAGCAUGAAAAUGCUAAAGAAGAAGUGAAGGAAGUUUUACAAGCACUGGAGGAGUUAGCAGUUAAUUACGAUCAGAAAUCUCAGGAGGUUGAAAUAAAGAACAAAGAGUUGGAAUCCUUGACAGAAGAACUUUCAACGAAACAAGCAGCAUUGAAUAGUACUUGGUCAGAAUUACAGCAAUUACGUGACAUGUCUGCUCAUCAAAGAAAACGUAUUGCCGAAAUGUUAGCGAACUUCUUAAAAGAUCUGGGUGAAAUUGGAGUAGCUAUUGGCGGCGAAGAAAACUUGAAGGUAAAUGAAUCAUUUGAGAUAUCCCUACGAUGUUUGUGUAACUGAAAAUAUUUAAACAAUUAUAUUUCGUAGGUUGCGCAAGAAAGUAAUGGUAAACUCGAAGAAGAAUUUACGGUAGCACGACUUUUCAUUAGCAAAAUGAAAUCAGAGGUGAAGAAUUUAGUACAACGUUGCCAAGGAUUAGAAAGUUUCCAAGUAGACUGUAACAAGAAAGUUGCUGAAUAUGAAAAAGAUCUGGCCGAAUGUCGUUUAUUAAUUUCGCAACACGAAGCUCGCAUGCAAACACUAACAGAAUCAAUGAAAGUAGCUGAAGCACGUAAACGUGCUUUAGAAGAAGAUGUUGACGCUUUGCGCGAGGAAUGUGCCAAGUUAAAGGCUGCAGAACAGGUACAAGCAGUUACAAACAAAGAAAAGGCAGAAGAGAAAGAAGCAGCAACGAAAAUGAGAGUAGCAUUGGAGGAACAAAUGGAUCAGUUACGAGAUGCUCACCAGAAACAGGUUGCUGCGCUCAGAGAUGAGUUAUCUGAGAAACAAGAGUUGAUUAGCGAACUUAAAGACUUGAAUCAGAAGUUCACAUUAGCGCAUCAACAAAUGCAAGCCGAUUACGAACGAUUGAAACAAGAAGAAGCAAACAAAUCUGUGAAACUUCAAGAACUUAUUUUACUUAACGAACGCCGUGAACAAGCUCGAAAAGACCUCAAAGGUCUAGAAGAAACAGUAGCCAAAGAACUUCAAACAUUGCACAAUUUACGUAAAUUGUUCGUCCAAGAUCUCCAGACUAGAAUAAAGAAGACUAUGAAUGCGGAAGAUAACGAAGAUGAUGGUGGAUCACUUACACAAAAACAAAAGAUUUCCUUCCUCGAAAAUAACUUGGAUCAGCUUACAAAGGUUCACAAACAACUAGUGAGGGAUAAUGCUGAUCUCCGAUGCGAAUUACCUAAACUUGAAAAGAGAUUACGAGCAACAGUGGAGCGUGUGAAAGCUCUUGAAACAGCAUUGCGAGAUGCCAAAGAAGGUGCAAUGCGAGAUCGCAAACGCUACCAGUAUGAGGUAGAUAGAAUUAAAGAAGCAGUUAGACAAAAGAAUUUGGCCCGUCGUGGACCUAGUGCACAGAUUGCUAAACCAAUCAGAGCUGGUCAACACCAUUUAACUAAUCUUAACGCUAUUAAAACAGUAAAUCGUGAUAUGGGUAACAACGUACCGUGAUCGUGAGCAUAAUGCCAAAACCUUCACUUUUACAGAAAACGAAUGCAAGAACGCUUUCAUCGAUAAAAACAAAAGAGUUCCAGGGACUUUAAUUUAUAGUGGAUACACAUAAAUGUUACAAUUAUAUAGUAAGGGUAAUAGACGUAAUAUAUCCGCAAGGAGCACCGCCAGUUCUUUUUAUUUGUCUCGAAUCAAGCAUGUGCUUAGGUAUAUUCAAAUAAGUGCAUUAAGUUAUGAAAUUAAUGCUGCAUGUCCUAUCGAUUUGUAAAUAGUUAAUUUUUAUAAAUUAUUUAAUUUAAUAUCAUGCACGAUAAAUAAAGGUGAAUGUCUAUCAAAUAAUCAUGCAAAGGCCUCUCGUAAUAAUGAUGUACUAUUUAUUUCAAGUCGAAAGUUUGUAUAUUAUGUUCUAUGUAUCAAAUGUUUAAAAACUUUUUAAAAAAACAAACAGGUUAUAUUUAUUGCAGAAUAAAAAUAAUAAAUUCCCGAAAGUGACUAAAGACGAUUCGUUUGACUUGUCCAUAGUAAAUCUGCUAUCGACAUUAAAUUUGCGAACAAACGAGGCAGUAAUAUAUUAAGAUUUGGUAGGUAUCGCUAACAUAAAAUGCGAUUGGACAUGCGGCUUUGAAAAAAAAAAUUGUAGGAAUGAUCGUGGCUUAUAAGUAUUUAUAAUUGUAAGAAUUCUCUCCAUCGCUAUUAACAAAUUUGUGACAACAGACUUUAUUCGGACCUGUUUAGAAAGCCCGCUUAAUCAAGAAUUAAGUUUGUUGGCUGUUCUGGUAAUUAUGAAGGUCCAGGAACCAAUGGCUUUAUGAGAGAACGUUUACGACAGAACAAUUUCAUCCCUAUCUUCCUUCACGUUUAUUUUAUUAAUUAUAUAGUAUAGUUUUCAUUGCAUCAAUCUUUAUACAAUCAUCUAAUUUAAAUUAAUUUAUUAUCGCUUUUUCUUGUUUAUAUCAGAGGCUUUUAUACUACACUUACAGUUUACAGACCGACAAAAGUUGGUCUGCAGUAAGUUUCUUUUCUCGUUUUAGUCAGUUUACAAUUUCUUCAUGAUGAGCUUACGCUCAAAAGUUACCUAGAUGUAUAUCGUACGUCUAAUUGAGAGCUAUUGCACAGGUCUGCUUAAGUUCCUAAAACCUGUUGCAGGCCACUGAAAAUUGACUCAUGCACACAUUUUCUUUUUUGUCCUUCCAGUGUAAUUGUUGAAUAAUAACGUAUACAUAUUUUUUUAAGUAAUUCUAAUCCUUAAUUAUAUUUGUCAAUGAUUAAUGCUUCUCGACGUAUACUUUUUACAUCUAUUUUCGUGAUUAUUUUAUACACGGUUCUCUUAGAAAUUUAUGAGCCACACGUACUUGAUGUAUUGUCUAGAGCAGGAGAAUUCUAAAUAUUAUUAUAAUUUAAGAUAUAGUUUUCGUAAACUGUGCGCAACAAAAUACCUGUUUGUUUGUGAUACGCCGGAAUCUUGUUACGCUCAGAUCGUUUAUGGUAUGUAGGCAAAAAGAAUUAACAUUUUCUUUAUAAAUCAUUCUCUUUCACGUUGUUAUGAACAACGGACAGAAAUCAUAUUUCCAUGUGAGAUCAUUUUUGUCAUCUUCCGUUUUUUAACUUUUGUGAUAUCGAGGGUGAAAUUGUGUUUGCUGAUAUGCAAAGACAAGUGCGUGGUGCAUAAUGAGUGCAAUUAUUAUCGAAAUAUUCUUGUCCAAUGUAUGUAAAUAUAAUCGUACCCCAUUACAUUACUUUGGCAAAUUGACAAAUCUAUCUUUGCAAAAAUGCCCUGUUCGUAAAAAGGCUACAAGUACAUGUAUUUAUCGCAAAACACACUUAAUAUUAGCAUUUCAAAGCCUUAACAAUUUUCAAAAUAUUAUCAUGCGAUUAUGUAUUUUACAUUCUAUCGUGCAAAUAAGGUAUCAAUGUAUCUGCUGAACUUCGAACGUGAUUCAAUAUUUUCUUAAAUUAUUUCAUUGUAAAGUAAAAUACUAGCUAAUUUUUCAGUUAUGAAUUUUGGGCAUCUACUACUUUUCCUUACUGCAUAACAUUUAUUUUUAUAGUGUAUUAUAAAGACAUUCAUUUCUUAAUACAAAACAAAAUCUAAAAUGAUGUUUUUGUCACGUUUAAAAUAUUAAAGUUAUUCAAAUUAAUGCAAUAUUUUUUUCUGUUAGAUAAUAUUUGUUAUUUUUUUACUUCAUAAUUUAUAUAAUUUGUGUAACUGAAACAAAUAAUGGAGCUUAAAGAAUUCCCCGAAUUUUAUUGUAUAAAAAAAUACGUAAAAAGUGAGAUGCUUGUCAGGAAAGAUCUUUCUAAUCGAAAAUUCUCGAUAUACGCAUAAAAAAAGAACAGAAAGAAUACCAGAGUUAUUAUUAUUUUCUUAAUAUGUUGAAUGUGUUUAAAAUUAUAACAAAAAGAAAAAGUAGUUGACUUGUAAUGGUAUAUUCACACAAGAAAACAAGAAUUACUGUUAAAAACGAGGUUGAUCUAUAACCGCUGCCGUUUUUUUGUAAACUGUACGAAAUAUGCGGAUGUGAAGGAAAUAAAUAAGUUGACAGAUGUA